CACACGACAGCUGCCACUCCUCAGAGUGCAGUACCCCUGUGCCACCAGCAGGGGCGCACUGUAGUAAACUGGUGAAUAAGUGGGUGGUGGCUCUAAUUUUAUUGCUUUGAGCACAGUGAGCUGAAGUCUCAGAGCUGUCUCUGCUUUGCUACAUCUGCAGGAUCCCAGUCUCUCUGCACAGAGGUAGAUUAUCAGGUAGGUGCCCUUUGCUAAACCCUCCAUUGUUUCUCUAUGGUGUAUUUGCAUCCCUCACCCACCUUCAUGGACAGGAGGAGGGUGAAUCUCUGCUUUUUUUUUUAAUAAUUGCACAGCCAGUCACAGCCACACUGUAACAUGGGGCAUGGAUUAUAUGAGAUAAGGAGAGGAAUAAUCUGGAUACAUUGCAUCCUGCACAGUUAUUGCAUGCACUAAUCUUUAAAGGGACAGUGCAUGCAGAAUAAACAGUCUUUGUGGUCCCUGAUAGGAGGGGAGGAGGGGCAGAGGGUUCAGAAUCCUUUGUAAUAAACAGAAUUAGAUGAACAUUUCUUGUGAAAUUAAAAGUUUAAAGAAGCAUUGCCUUUUUUAUAAUCACUACAUUUAAUCCAUAUAUAGGCAUGAAUUCAUAUCCUGCUACUACUGCUGAUGUGAUACUACUUGCCACUGUUGCAUGGUUACUUUAAAACUCUGCAUGUGAAGUCUGUGUGUGUGUGGCAUGUGCCAGGAAGAGGGUGGGCACUGGCCUCUAAUCUCAUGGACCCCAAUGCUCCAUCACACUCACUGGGCAGAUAGGGGGAGGUGACAACCUCUGCUCAAAAUAGCCACAGUCACUUUGUAACUAAGCUGCUGCAACACCUCUUCUUUGAGGCAGCAGCUGGAAUGAAACCAAAACCACCGCACAUUAUACAAUGGAAUGACACCCAGCAGUCAGAUUCACCGAGAGGGGCUGCAGUAGUUUUCGCUUGCUAAAAAAAUAAAAAUAAAAUAAAACCAGUGUGGUGUUGGGAUAACAUAUUUUUUUUUUAAAUUAAUUCUGUUUGUAUCUACUGUCAUUAUUUAUUAUAUGCAUGGGAGGAGUUAUAAAUCCUGAGUUUAUUUAAUCCUGUAAGUGGCAGGUAGGUGAGCAACACGUAGCUUGGCAGAUAAUUAUAAAAUGAUUAAAUAGCAAAAACUAACCGGGGUAUUAACUAAAAUAGCGAAUAGCUAGGAAUUCAUUGAGAGCUAAAAUAGCCAACUUGGAAAAAUUCUUCCAGACAGUUGUUUCUUUUUUUUUAAUCUAUUUUGACCCUAAAAAUCCAGGUCCUUGGUGAAUUCGUUUAUAACCGUGUACUGUAAAUGGGCUCCUUCUGGCUAUAAACAUUGUUAGAUUUUUUUCGUUCGUUUAUAAAGCGGCGACAUGUUAUGUAACUCUGAUAAAUCAUGCAUGGGGUUUAAAUACAGCAGAACUGUAGAUAUUUUGUCGACUACGAAUAAAAGUCGGCAGUGUUGUGAACUGCCACUCACAAAAUGCUCAGCCAGCACUUAGGAUAGGUCUGUCUAUGAUUGACAUUCCCAGCCAGCCGGAAUACCAACGCCAACGAUUAGCCGGCCCUGGUAUAAAGUAUUCAAGCUCAGUGGUUACUUUGAAUAGGUUUAAUUGUAAUCAUACCUCCUGAGGGACUGCUUUGUGCAAGGUUUGAAGUCUCGGGAUUUGGGCAGAGCCCCAGGUGAUUUCAGAAUGUGACUCAGAAACCACACCUUGACUCGCUGUCAUUACAGGAACAGUGCUGUCUGACAGCUUCUAGGCCGCUUGAGAGGGCUUCAUCUUUUUGCAUUGGACUUAAUUUAAAAAUAAAAUAAAAUAUAACUAAAAUAUAAUAAUUUUAAAAAGAAAAAUGUGCAUGUUUAUUUAUUUUACAUCAUUCUUACAUAAUACAAACUAUAAUACAACGUGGAUAGGCAAAAGAUAUAAUCCAUAGGGGCAACAAUCCAUAUUUAACAAUGUAUCAAUGCUACAACAAAAAAUACUCACAUUCGAUUUUAAUUUUUUAAAACUAUAUUAAACUACCAAAGUUCCCCAGCAUUGUAUUGCUUCCAUUGUUCCGUGUAUUGAUUCCAUAUCGGUAAUGCGUUAUAAAGCUGCUAUAGUAAAAAUAUGCAAACUAAUUUAAAAAACAAAACAAAAACCACAGUCCAUUUAUUGUAAGUAGAGUUGCUGCAUUUGCACUGACAAGUUACAACAGCAGAUAUCACCACUAGUGAUGUCCCGAACGGUUCGACGAACGGUUCGCCACGGACUCAUCAUUGAGCAGCAGACCCUCCCUCCCACCUCCUGGACAGCAUCCAUUUUACAUUCAUUGUGAAGCUGCAUUCUUAGUGAGCUGAGGUGGGAGGGUCUGGGAGGGGGGGUCUGCUGCUGAUUGGCUGGAAUGUGUCUGCUGACUGUGAGGUACAGGGUCAAAGUUUACUCAAUGAUGAGUCCGUGGCGAACUGUUCGUGUCGAACCGUUCGGGACAUCACUAAUCACCACCCCAAACCAGGAAGAGGAUUCACCAAUUAGAAUCCUGCCAUUCUGGUUAAUUCAUUCUUUAAAACAGCAGAUGGUUUAUGGGAUCUAUUAUUAUUAUUUAUAAACCGCCAACAAAUACCGCAGUGCUGUACAAUAUAUAGCUGCAGUUACUUUGAGCACAUUGGAUGAGUGGCAAUGCUGGGUAAGCUGACUGUGGCCACACUGUAGCGGUUAUCAGUAAAUUAAAGGGCAUGCUAGUAGUUUUGUGUACUGGACUAUAUACCGCGUUUUCAUGAACCGCAAACCACGCAUGUACACUGGCUGUACACACAAGAUGGACGGAUUUGGUUGGCUUACUUUGACGUCAGAGAUUGAAGUUGAAAGUUUAGAUUUGUACGAUAUUUGCAAACCUCCAAAUUCAUAAGCAAGGGGCACCCAGACUUUUGUGAUCUGCUCCUGUUCAUAGUUUUCGAGUGUGUGAAUGCGGCUGCACUCAUAUUUUGUGGCUGAUACUCUGUUCCUGGAGCCUCUGCUGGCUUCCUUCUCUCCCACGGUUACAAGCAUCAUGGUCUGACUGAUUGACCAAGGCCAGCGAGCCGUAGACGACGAUCAACCUUUUGGGGAACCCUGUUAUAAGCCAUUGUGCACAGGGAACCAGUAAAAGGGAACCUCCUUGCACCAUAACUUAUGUAAUAAUCCAUCGCAUUCUAAAAUAUAUAGAAUGAGAGGACAAACACCUCCUUAAAUGAAAACGCAAUGAAGUUGAAAAGAAUUGUUCAGUGAUUUGGUUGUGCUUUUUGCAAAGUGAUUUAUUGGACAGAAACCCGGAAUAUGACAUUAUUUUUGUGCAAGUUUUACGUUAAAAUGGUAAUUUCUCCUUAUGGCCAAUAUGGCGGAGCAGAGACUUACAGGUUUGUUUAAAAAAAUUUGAAUUAUCAGAUAUUUAAAGUGAAUUUCACAUUUAAUGCCAAGGUAGCCAAGCUUGAAAAAUGUUCACGUAAAUGGCUUCCGGUCUGGCUACUUUGAAAUGAAUUUGGAACUCCAGAUAAUUCUCUAUUUACUGAAUAACCCUGUAGGUUGCAUUAAACCUAUUAACCCUUUAAUAAGCCAUUCAUGAAGACGACUUUGUGAAGCAGAGCAGUGAUUGAUAACUGUGCCGUCCAUGUUUACUGAUUCAGUACAUAUAGAUAUUGUUAGUUAUUUUAGGUUAUUUUUUUUUUAAGCUGCAGGGAAGGGUGGUGUCCCCUGGGAUUCUUCGUCCAGUCUCCCGCCCCUGUGUUAUUAGGAUACGAGGCUGCAUUAAGACCAGCUGUUAACGUUAGGCCUUCGGUUGCGGGCCAAGUAGUGCUGCCAACAUUUUUCAAGGGGUAUAUUUAUCAUUGUCGCACGAUCGCUGUGCAUCUGAUGGGAAGCUUAGAUAAACAUACUUUUAGUGCUGAUGUGAACCCGGCCCUUCUUUAUUUAUUUGCUUUGCAUGGAACUGGAACUAAAUGAUUAUUGCUUUUCAUUUGAAAUGUCAAAUAUUAAACAUUGAUGUUGCGAAAAUGUAUAAUUUUUGCCCCCCCAAAAAAUGGGGCAGGUUUAUAGAAGUAGUGAAAUUAACAGAACCAAAUAGAAGAUCCCAUUGUUUUAAAAAGAGACUGUUUAACUUUUAGAACUUAGCUACAGUGUUUGUUUUAUACAGUUAUAUAAAUCUUCUUCAAACUCUGGCGCAAUGUCAGUCCCAGAAUUCCCUGACAGGGUGAUUCACAAAAAUUAGAAUAAUCAGGAAUUCAAAGUGAUUUCAUAUUUAAGGCCACAGUAGCUGAAUGGGAAACAUUGCUUUUCUGCUAAUUUGGCCUUAACUUUGAAAUUCACUUUGAAUUGUUGAUAAUUCUCACUUAAAGGGACACUAUAGGCACCCAGACCACUUCAGCUCAUUGAAGUGCUCUGGGUACAGUGUCCCUAUUGCACUUAGUGCUGCAAUGUAAAACAUUGAGGUUUUAGAGAAACUGCAAUGUUUACAUAGCAGCACUGCGCCUGCCUCCAGUGGCUCUCCACUAGGCAGCCACUGGAGGCACUUCCUGGUGCUUUGUAUUCCUGGCACUAUAGUAUCCCUUUAAAUGAAUAAGUUAUUAAGUGUCCUUACCUCAGUCACAAUAGCUAAAGUGACCAUACUGCCUUUAAAUGAGGAAUUCUUAUAGAUAAUACAUGCAGCAUGGCAUUAUUGUAGUCUUGCAGUGUGCAUUUCCGAAUGCAUGGCGAGUAAUUCAUUAGACUGUAUCCAUAAUUACAGUAACUUAAUAAAACCGACACUUAAAGGAACGCUUCGGGCAUCAGCAACACUGCAGUACGCUGUUGUAGUUAUGGUGCCAGGACUCUAGCAUGUAAGCUUAUUGAGCAGGGCCCUCCACCCCCACUUUUCCUGUACGUCCAGUUGUCUGGUUACAAUUACAUGUCUGUUAGUCCACCCAUUGUACAGCGCUAUGUAAUCUGGUGGUGCUAUAUAAAUAAUAAAAUAAUAAUAAUAAUUACCUGUGCGCUUCCCGUGGAAGUAGUCAAAAAAAAUUCUAACCAGAGGGUCUUCCGCAAUUUGACUCCUUACAGCCGAAAACUCUCCUUAUGGAGCUUAGCCUGACAGUGUAGGAUUUAGCUCAUUGGCUGAGAGCAAUAAAGCUGAAACUCUCAGCCAAUGAGCCAGUGAAGAUCCAGGCAGCGGCGCCCCCAGCGGACCCCAAGUAAGAAGUCAAACCAUUAGAAACUGACUACUUACAUUUGGAGAGGGCUCCAGGACACGCCUAGCAACACAACCACUACAACAUGCGGUAUUUGUUGUAGUGCGUGCAGUUUUUCUAUAAAGAACUGGUGAUUGCCGAUAUACCUCUACAGUAAUGUAUACAUACGGUAUAUACUUAGAGUGGAUCCUUUUUCAUGCAUUGCCCAACAGCAUUGGAAAGGGAUGUUUGUCUAAGAAGAUGUGGUGAAUCUGACAGUCCUAAAUUAGAACAGUCUCCUUUUAGUCCCAGAAAGGGGUGUUACCCCCUCAAUCUAACACUAAUCGGGUUUGUAUGAGAGUGAUUGGUGAUGCCUGCACCUUCCCCUUAAAAUGCAUCACAUGCGGUGCACGUUUGAUAUAGCUUGAUUCAUUCUGUUACUAACACCCACGCUGCCUGCUGAUCUGUAAGUGCUUUCUGUGUAAUGUGCAAGUCCUAGCCUUCAGUAACACAAAACGUUCUGUAUUGUAUCACUGGCACAAUUGCUGUUAUUCCAAAACCACAUUGAGGCAGACAUUGCAAUUCUAAGCAUUUCUGGUGCUAUGAUUAAUGUCCAGCCAGCAUUUAAAGGAAACUGUGCUAUUUAGAAACUAGUUUAGUAUAACUUUAUAUAUUUUGCAAAUAUUUUUUUAAAAUUUAUUUUUUAAAUAAGAUUUAUGAGAGGUGUGUUUUUUUUUUUUUUGUUUGUUUUUUUUUCUCUCUAGUGCCCCCCCACUGAUGCAUGCUAGUAUUAAAUAUUUAUCUCGUGUGGUGAUGGAUGAUGUCCUAACAUUUAUUAUCUUAUUUAAUACUGACCACUUAUUGCUGGUAUAUGCUAUAAAAUAAAUGAGAUAAACUCAGAAAAGUUAUCUUUUUUUAAAUAUGCAUUGCUUGCAUUUAUAUAUUCAUUUCACUGUAACUGGGUUAUUUACCAAAUAUUUACUUGCCAAGAUAUCAAAGUGAAUAGUACAUUUUAGCUUUUUUUAAAAUUUAUUUAUUUAUUUAUUUAUUUUGCAAUCUUUUCAGUUUGACUGUCUAGAUCUGAAAAAUGUAAACUUGCUUAUUGAAUAGCCCUUUCGAAAAGCUAUUAAUAAAACCUAUACGAUAUCUUGCUUGUUUAAUCUGCAGCCUCUGGGCCAAACCUAUUUCCUGACUUCUGUUUUUAAAGCAUCAAUCAUGCUUUGGCUCCAUAUUUAGUGAGCGAGUGCUAAACACAAGCCACUUGUAAAGUAAAACAAAUCAGAUAUUCUAAUGGUCUAAAACUAAAUAUGAUAAUAAAUGCUUUACUUGUGUCUUGAUAAGUCAAUAAAUGUGUAGGCAGCCACAUCUAACUGUUGGUAGGUUUUAUGGGUCACUUUUAUCUCCAAAAAUAUAUUUUCUGAUGUGUGAUUUCAAUCUUUCAUAUACUUCCCAAAUAGCAUUCAUGUAAAUGCAGUUCUGUAAUUUAUUACAACUAACUCUUAAAAAGGCUAGUAACAAUUAUAUUUUUUUUUCAAACUUUCCUGCCCCAUAGUAAAUGAUAACGAAAGCUUGGUAUGAAUGCUAUUGAUCUGAAAAAUCAAAACUUCGUUACCCUUAAAGGGCUACUCCAAGAGUCAUGACCUCUUUAGUGAUUUGAAGUGGUCAUGGUGCCUGGAGUCUGUAUGUGCAGCUUCUUAGCUAAAAAAUGCUGCACAUAGUUUAACCCCUUUACUGUUGGGCAUGUAACUCUGCCUCUGGGUAGUCGUUUGGGUGUCACUAGCUAACCUGGAACUAGAGUCCCGGGCUUGCUAAUGUCAAUGCUGUGUAACUUUUUUAUUACACAGGAUGUCAGUCAUUGACAUAACUACUACAGUGGGCUUCAGCGGUUAAGAUGCAUAAAGUAACCCCUUAAACCUCCAUUGUGUUUGUAGCUUAGUCACCUGAUACAGAAUUAAAAUGUAAGGUCCUAUGUUACUAGGACACUAGUAAGGGCCUAGAGGAACCAUGGCAGGGCUUAAUGUCUGCUACUCUUUGGCCCAUUCACACACUCCAGUGGCUAGUGGAAACUGGCAGGUGACUUGCCACCAGUUUCCAUAAAAGCAGCUCCUAUGAUCAUAUUACUUGAAAAGUAAUUAAUAAAUUGGACUGCUCUUUAGUGGGGGUGAUCAUUUAGACUGGGCAUCCAAAACUAACCGUUGCACACCCAGAGCAACCCAGAAUUAAGUGUUCUUGCGUGGCAAGACCACUUACUAUUAUCUCGCAUUUAUUAUUCUUAUUAUAGCCAAAUUUACCACCCUAACUCCUCCCAGUUUUUACACUACAUAUACCGAAACAUGCAGAUUGUUCCCGAUCGGAUUGCUAUUACUUUGUGGAACAUUUCGCCGAAUGGUUCACGAAAUAUCGUUGUUUUUGUGGCGAAAUUGGUCCCAUAGGAAUGAAUGGCAAAAUGUUCAAAGCUAGAGUGGGAGCUGGCAAAAGCAGAAUCAGGACAUGAUUUCUAAACUGCCACCACUCCCUCAUUUUCAAGCCCACCUAGAUAAAUCUUAUAUCAAAACGUUCUGCCACUAAACAGGUCCAUGGCUAAGCCAUAGUCCUGAUAGUUUUCACGAUACUCACGCCAUCCAUUGAAACUCCACUCUAGCAACCUCAGAUUUGAAGGGCAAUUUCUAAACUGCGACUGUGCCUUCAUUUUUAAUAUUUCAGAGACAUACUAUGCAUCAAAAUGUAGGUCUUGUGAUUCUCACAAUUAUAAAGCUCUUCGCUGUAGGACUUAUACCACCAGUGAAGUGAGCAGUUUUUUUAACCGCUCUUCUCUGCCCUUGCUGUAGAGAGAGUUCCCAUAGGAACCCAGGUGUGUGAGCAGCCAGCAGAGCAUUCCGGUGUUCUAUCAGUCUGCUAUACUCCGUCACUUCCGGUGAGGGGAAUCAGCUGGAUCCUGUGCUGCACAUGCGUGCUAGCACUCCUGCUACUCCUCCACAGCAAGGUCCUGGAAGGUAAGUCAAACUAGUUUUACACUUUCAUUAUAGUUAGUGCAUUCACUAAGCUUAGGACAUGGGACAUUUAGGGUUAAUGUUAGGGUUCAAAUUAGGGUUAGGAUUAGGGACUUGUUCAUAUUUGGUGAUAUUUAACAUUAGGGGAAUAUCACUAGUGAAUUCUCACACCCAAGGGUUAGGGUAAGAAUAGAGUGAGAGAGGUUAGAAGCACUUACCUAACCCUAAUUUGAACCCUCACUUAACCCUAAAUGUCCCGUGUGCCUAAGCUUAGUGAAUGCACUAACUAUAAUGAAAGUAUAAAACUAGUUUUACUUACCUUCCAGGACCUUGCUGUGGAGGAGUAGCAGGAGUGCUAGCACGCAUGUGCAGCACAGGAUCCAGCUGAUUCCCCUUCCCGGAAGUGACGGGGGUAUAGCAAUCUGACGGGGUACAGCAGACUGAUAGAACACCGGAACACAGAGGCUGCUAGAUGAAACAUUCUCUAAACUGCUGUCACUCCUACAGUUUUGAUAACACAAGUGAGCACUAUCACAUUUAAUAAAUAUAUUUCCACGUUAGUCAAUUCGUUACACCUGUAACAGAAAAACACUAACAUACAAUGUUACAACAAUACAGCUAAUUAAUGUUUCAUAAAGUUACUCUGUCCGGUCCAACCUUUCCAGUUACUCCAGCCACUCCAACUAAAGUUACUCAAGCUACUCUGCCCACUCCAGUUGUAGACUACUGGUGGAGGCAAGAACACUUCACACACUUUCCCCAGAAAUUGUAGCUUUUCUAGUUUUGGCUCUUCCGUUCUGUCUACAGUGCAUGGACCGGGUAAUCCACUAAAGUAAGAUUUGUUAAUUCAAUUGGGAGUAGGAAGUCUUGAUCUAAUUGACACUUUCUUACUCCAACAAAUGUGUCAGCGGUAUAGUGUAUCUCCUGCUCACAACCAUUCAAGAACCCUGUAUUGCUGGGGUGUAUAUAAUCACAUAUUUCGUCUUUAAACUAAUUAUCCAAUUGCAGUAGUUUUUAUGACCCCGUCCACAAAUCUAAUUUUAUAUUGAGUACCACAUGCUGCUGGGUAGCACUUUUAUACCUUGUCUGACAAGAGGCAGAAUUCAUACACUCCCCCUCAUCCAAAAUAAAGGGAAGUGCUAACUAUACAUAAUAACACAUUCUGUCAAGGGGAAGAUUGCUGAUAAAUAGUCUACGGUGAUACCCAUUUUUUUACUUUUAGGGAGAUCUUCCAUUCUUUUUGUGAAUUGGGGCCUGCACAAGAAGCUCAAUACACCGAUAAGAAUAAAGGGCUUUAAUAUCUAGAAUUUUUUUUUUUUUUAACAAAAGUAGAGACCAUGUCAAUUUAACUAUGAAAGUGUGUUUUUUAUUUUUUUAUUUUUUUUUAUUUUGCUGGGUAACAGGGAGAGAUUAUAGGAAAAAAAUUGUCCUGCAGAAUAAGGGAAUUUAUAAACUAACCAGACAGUUCUUUACUUCCAUACGUGGCUGCCUAGACAUUUAUACUGCGACACCCUCAGAUUAUAGGUUUCUCUUGUGAAAUUUUUUUUUUUUUUUAAACUAGUGAAUGGUUUUGAUCACAUUAACCUGCUGCACUGUAACAUUCACUGUUUUAAAAUCCAAUCAAAAUGAUCCACCCUAAUUUCUGUCAAACCGUGUGAAGAUCAUAACCACAUUAACCUCUGACUGGCAUUGCAUAGUUUGUAACUCUGUAGAUACUACUGCCUUGUGUUUUGCUGCAUGCAUUAGUGGGAUCACGCCCAGGGCUUGGUGUACACUUGGAUGUCUACAAGAUAAAGUGACAGAAGAUCACGUUUUUCACCUCGCACAGACGUGCACGUCCAAGAAAUAUUCCUCGCCAUCGGGCAUGCGUAACUGCUAAAAAUGGGGAACAAGAAAUCUACAACAGCUUGCUGUGUACCAAUGGUGUGUGAAUCCUUCUUUUAAUUGCUUCACUGAUGGAUUAAGGUUUACAUAAUGGGACAGUAAUGCCUAAAUAUAAGUCCACUAAUCGCCAAAUUAUUAUAAAGAAUUGAAAUCCAAAGAGCAAAUUGUAGGGUAAAAUAGCAAAGAUGUUACCAUAGCGCAUUUUGCGAUACUGUUUUUAGCCUAUACUUUGCUAUUCCAACUUCAUUCGGGUAUAACUUUGUAUUUGGUCAUUAUGCCUGUAUAUAUUGUAGCACACAGAUCAUCCAGGCACGCCUUCCAGUCCAGGAUUUAGGGAUAACCCAGUUGUGGGGUUUUUUUUUUUUUCUUUGUGGGGGUGGGGAGGGGAAAGCAUCUUAGACACCACUGGGUAACCCCUAAAUCCUGGACUGGUAGGUGUGCCUUGAGUACUGGUUUGGAAACCACUGACAUAAAGUCUCUCAAUCUGUUCUCUUAGCAUCCUGUUAAACAAUUUCUCUAUAAAUGAAUAUAUUCUGGCAUUACUGACUGUCCUGUGCCUAGCACAGAUCCCUGCAAGCCCCAUGUAAACCCUGUUUGAAUGCUUCUUCCUUAUGGGUUUAUUUUUUUUUUAAUAAAAAAAGCUUGUCACUGCAUGAUCACUUUGAGGCAUUGUAAGAAUACUGGGGGAGACUUGAUCCCGAUUAGAAACGCUUGCUAUUCUGAUGCAAGGUGCAGAAUAUCUCCACAUUUAGUCCUCUGCACCCAUAUAGCACCUUUCUUGCUCUGUGCUUUUUAGCAUUUUUUUAAAAAAGAGACUUAAAAAAUGUGUUGCUAAAACAAAUCACUACAAAUUUGUGUGUGGGGAGGAGUGAUUCAUUAAAGUAUCUGUUUUGGCAACAUGCGGGUACAGGAGGAUGUAAGUAUUGUGCGAAGCUACCAGAAGUGUUUUGGGUUUUUUUUAAACAGAUUACUUGACAAUAGAGAUGUCAAGCUAUAAAAAGGAACACUUCAUCUUUAAAUGAUUUCCAGUGUCCCUAAUGUAUGAGGUUCUCACUUGGGUCUCUGCAUGAUAAUGGUGGGGCUGUCAUGUGAUCUGUGCUAUUUCAAACCAUGUUCUCCUUUGCUAUAUGUAAACUUGUUUUCUUUCCAUGAUUUGUGACACAGGACAAAGUCACUCCCAACUAGAGGAGGGAUGAGGGUCCAUAAUGCAUUGCUUUGUCAUGUUAAACCAAUUCUAGACUACUCUGUUCGGUUUCGGCCUCACAUGAUGGUGAGGUCACUGAUCUGUGUGCAGUGAUAUUUUUUAAGUCUGAAGUUGAAGACUAUAUCUGUAGCAAGGGAUCAGAAUUCCCUCCAAGGCCAAUAUGACUUUGGGGUUGACAGAAGAACAUGUGACUGGCAAUGUUCCCCAUGUCUGCUAACUUCUCAGGUUGUCCAUUGUGGUCUCCUUGUGAGGAGUUGCCACCAGCUGCAAAAAGCUGAGCUUGUGGUGUGUAUAAUCUCUUGGUAAAGGAGGGUUACAUGCAUCCAUAAAGUCCAGCCUUCCUCACAUUUGAUUUUUGCUGUUGAUCCAAAAGAAGGCAAAAAAAGUCUGAGGCACUUCCAACUUUGCAACAAACUAGGAAAAAGUCCUUCUUGACCCCAAAAUGGCAGUCAGAUUUAUCCUUGGAUCAAGCAGUUAUUACCCUACAUAAUCUGUCUGCAGUUGGCAUGUUCACAUUGCACAGUCCUCCCAUUUGGAAGAGGAUGUACCUCAGUUGCCAAGUCUCUCAGCUGAGAGAUUGAAUCGCUCAAUACAGAAAAUUUCUUAUAUCAUGUUACAGUGAUGGACCUAAUGUCCUUUUGUUGGAAUCCUCAGAUCUUUAUGUAUUGUGCCGGGAGCAGAUGCCCAGGUAGAUGCUCUGGUUUGGCUGCAAUGCUACUUAAGUCUUUUAUUUUUUUUUAUUUUUUUUUUUACACAAAGUUUGUCGUAGUUGGAAUGCACUUUAUAUAUUUCAUUAAAUACUAGUGCAAAGCAGAAAAAAACUCCUAUAGGGGUGAAAAUAUUGCUAGUCCUGUUUUGUAAUAAAAAAAACUUAUCCUACUUUCCUCGUACCAGUCAUUUGAAUUCUGGUGGAGUUACUAGCCAAACAAAGUAACUUCCUCCAGAAAACUGACUUGAGUAGUCCUUUUCUUUCACUAGAGAAUUAAUCCUGUUCAUGUAACCUUUUAUUUUGUGUUUUUUCAUAAUUCAAGUGGCUGUCUUAAUGGUUAAAAUAAAUCCAGAAUUUGUAGAAUGUUGCAUAUAACCAGAACUGUGUAAGAUGAGCCUUAAGCAUUAAAGCAGGCUUCUCCAAACUCAAGCCCUCCAGAUGUUGCUGAACUAAAUCCCAUGAUUCUCAGCCCAUCUAUUUCAUUUCAUAGAAUCAUGGGAGUUGUAGCUCAACAUCUGGAGGGCUGGGGAAGCCUGCUUUAAAGUGUCGUGUUUUUGUACUUUUUUUUUUUCUACUUAAAAUAAAUUUAAAAAAAAUUGUUUAACAUGAUCUGUUCUCCAGAUACAAUGUGGUUUUGCUAUUUUUGAACCUCUCAAUGCAUUGGGGCUAGUGACUCUUUGCUGUUAAUGGUUACUAUUCUGGUCAGAUGUGACAUCCUCUCGCACUUUCUCUAGUUAAAGGAGAGGUCCUCUUUAAAACCUAGUACUACAGGGAAAAGCCAUAUAGUGACAGAUCCAUGGUCUAAAAAUAAACUAACCAGUAGGUCCUGUAUGACGGUGUCUUUAUUGAUUCAGACAACUUCUGCUGCUCCAGAAUUCAGGUUUAAAAAAAAAAAAAAAAAACUUCUUUAAAAAGUGUUUUACAGCUUAGUCUGUUUCAUGGGGUGCAUGUCUCUGCUUGAAUUCCUUUGGACGUUCUUGGCAGUGAAUGGACCUAAGAUUGGGAUGUGCAGUGUUGUGUAAAAAAAAAAAAACCAAAACACCCGACAGCAGCACCUUCAAAGGGUUCACCUUGUCCAUAUUGCACAUGUGGAGUGUGCGGGGGGAAAAAAAAACUUAAGGGCUACUCCAACCAAAAACUGUGCUGGCCUUUAUUUAAAGGAAACUCUAUUUAAAAGAACAAAAACUACCACAACAAGACUGUCUUGGCAAAGGUUUAAAUAAUAUCAGGAAGUAUUCAUUUACUGAGGGGUAGUGGAUACAUGGAAUAGCCUUCCAGCUGAAGUGGUAGAGGUUAACACAGUGAAGGAGUUUAAGCAUGCGUGGGAUAGGCAUAAGGGUAUCCUAACUAUAAGAUAAGACUAGGGACUAAUGAAAGUAUUUAGAAAAUUGGGCAGACUAGAUGGGCCGAAUGGUUCUUAUCUGCCGUCACUUUCUAUGGUCUGCCCCAUCCAAAGUAAAAUACAAUAAAACUAAAACUUGCUUAUAUUCCAGCGCAAAGGAAACGUUCUCCAUGCACCUGUUCCUUCUUCUCUCCUUGAGGCUGAGGCAAGGAAUGUGGUUGGAUGCCACCAUUGGACGCUUAUCACCAGCAUGUGAUGGCAGAUGAACAAUUUACACAGCAUUCACAUUGGUCACCUGGAACGCUUUGUCCCGGGGAAGGAUUAUGAUACACUAGUAAUGCCGCCAGAGGUGGGGUUACAGUUCUGGCCGCAGAGGGGUUAAACUCUUUGCAGAGUUUCAUGGUGACGCUGCCCAUACAACCAGUGAAGUGGUCAUGGUGCUUGGCAGAACACUUUAAUUCUGCAAAGCUUUUAGUACUUUCCCCAGUGUAAGGGGGGGUUCUCACAGCACUUAGUAAAUCUAUGCUGCUACAGUUCACUUCAGACUUUCUUUUCCAAGCAUUUGGGACCCAAAACUGAUAUUGCUGUGGGGGAACCUUACACACUGCAGGUUAUUGGAUAGACUUAAAAGGGGAUGUUUUUUUGACUUGUUGGCAGCGUGCAAAGUAUUUUGAUAUGUGGCAUAUGGUUACUAUAAAUUGAGGCUGAGCCUGAAAACAUUUGUGGUUUUGUUAGCAAGCUAUGCUGGGGAAAGUGAGUCAUCGCUGGAACAAAUAUGGCUUUUCUUAUUUUACACUUCUAUAUCCUUUUUUCCUUCUGUCAAUUUGUUAGACUUGGAGAUGCUAAAACCAGACCUUUUUCCAUUUACUGUUUUACCAAUAUCACGUUGAAAGUGUGUAUGGAACUUUAUUAUUUUUGGGGGGUGGGAGGGAGUGUUCUGGACCCCAUAACCACAUGUCCUACAGGAGAAUCUGGCUUGCUCCACAGUUUACCUCUACCAUGCAGAAUUGCAUUCACUGGCAGGGGGUGUCAGAUGAACACUCUCAGCCAAUGAGCUCAGUGCUGUCACUCUCAAUGUCACUGAAUAAUGCAGAUCUAUGGGCUCAUGCAUUUAAAUAAAAAUAGAAAUGCAUUCCACUUUAAGAAAUGAGCAAGGACUAUGGACAAGCAGUGAUGUUUUUGCCUGUUCUUGGUGUUCUCUUCUAUUUCACACUUGUGCCAGCAUUGCGGCGGUUAGCAAUGCCAUUGACCACUGCUGACGGACAUCCCGGUUUUUGAUCCCCCUGUGAGGCAUGGGUAGUAAGUCUGGAACAGGGUUAUUCAGUAAACAGAGCACUGUCUGCAAUUCGCCAGGGAGCUGCAGGUGUAAGACCCAAUAGCUGAGCUGGAGAUAUAACUGACUUGGAUAAUAUUUAAUGGCGAAUUUCCAGAGCGCAGUUAAUGGAUAUGAUAUAAAAAAAAAUCUUUUGGGUAGUGUUGAAUAUAAAUAGCAGAAUUUAGGCCAAAGUAGUUUGAAAAAUUCUCAAUCAGCUCUAGUGCCUUAGCCUGAAACUUGUCAUUUAGAUGUAAUUCCUCUAGAACAAGGUGUAACAUUUGCAUCUUUACAGCAAGGAAAUAAAACUCCAAAGGUGUUUAUUCACUAAACUGCUUUUUGCCAAUUUCUAUUUAAAGAACCCUUAAGGCACCAUAAUACAUCUUGUGCUUAUAGUGCCAAGGCACCUUCCCAAAACUCUGUCAAACAAUGUUGCAAAUUCUCUGAAGUUACAUGGGAUCCAGCGUUACAGAGUUUGGCUUACUGGAUUUUUAUUUUAGUUGUGGCUUUUUUAGUUUUAUUUAUUUAUUUUUUAUACGGUUUUACUUUAUAUUUACUUGGCUUAGGCGAUAAUGUGUGCUAAAGGUGGCUUCUCCGUCUUACACUGCUUGUCAUGUUUAGGUCAAUAGGUGUGUUUAUUAAUAUGGAUUUUAGCACACCUAUUUAUUCUAGAUGCAUCACUAAUGUUACUGUGGGGGAAAAGAUACUUUAUUAACCCUUUCUUUGACAAUCCAUUUUAAUUGUUUGCAAAACAUGGUGGUAUGGAGUAUCAUUGUCCAGCUGUUCAAUGACUCACUGUAUUUGGAAGAGCAUGCACAUUAUAAUUCCCUAGACUGCCAUUGGUUGUAAAAGGCGAUGCAUUGCUGCUCUGCGGGAUAUUUACACUUUUUUUUUUUUAACCUUCUAAUUACCCAAACCAUGUAGAAAUUCUAUAAUUGAUAUGUUGCACGACAAGCCAUAAUUGACAUGAAAACAGGAUUGUGGAGUUAAUUGAUAUAAUUACAAGUGUUGUUCUUGUAGCGAUCUGUAUUUGUAUUCACCCCCACGCCAAUUUUUUUUUUUUUUUGUAAUCGGCUUGCUGUUUAUUGAAAGUCCCUGUGAUCAACACCAGGCAUACUCCAUGAUGUGCAGAUCUUCAGAACCUGUCCUCAGGUUAGCCACAGGAAUACAGUGAGUUAAUCUUUGAUCUUCCACUUGUGACAAAAUCCAAAUGAUGUAACUAUCUAUAAUUUUCACUCCUGUAUAAAAAUCAGGGUUACACUUUAUACCUGGAAAGGCCCAGCAAGCACUACGUUAAUGUGAGGAUUCAAAGUAAAUGGUUGUAUGAAGACUCUACGCACGUCCCUUUUCCCUGCUUCCACCAUAGGGAUGGACAUGUCCUCUCAUGGUUGGGGGUUGGUCAACAAUGCAAACACCUCACGAACAGUUACUCCUUUAAAAUUCCAUUCUGACUGUGGGCUGACAGAUAUUUCUAGAACACGCAUAGGCAACCUUCGGCACUAAAGAUGUUUUGAAUUACACCUCCCAUGAUGCUUUGACAGAAUUUUGGGUGUAAGAGCAUUAUGGGGAUGUAGUCCACAACAUCUGGAGUGCCAAAGGUUACCCAUCCCUGUUCUAGAAUAUUGGUGAGUUAUAGUUAGAUACUCCAACCACCAUAACCACUUCUGCUAUUAGAAGUGGUCAUGGUGGUAGGAGUCUGUAUGUGCAGUAUUUCUGUAUAAAACACUGCAAGUACAGAGAAAUCUGCACUUUUCUGCCAUGGGCUAGUUACACCUGUGGUAAGAAUGACUUGAACCCCAGUUCCAUGCUGCCUAUUGUCACGUAUCUGCAAAAAUUGUCAUCAGUUUGCUGGUAACUGGCUCGAUGCAUUGCAGCCUUGGUCUAACACUACCUCCCCGCCUCACUGGAAUUUACUUUUAUUUUCUUUAAUUUGCAGGAUUAUAAGGGGGUACCUAGUGAAUAAUGUCCAGUAGGGCAGUGUAAAAUUAUAAUAAUGGUUAGAGUAACCCUUUUAAGAUGGCUCUUGCAAGUUUUUUUUUUUUUUUUUUUUUUAUCCCCACUUGUAGCGCUGUACAUGAGACAAAUGUUAGAGGGACUCCAUUUAUAUUGGCAGAAGUCAAACUGUAAAUAUUGAGCAAUGGGUACAUGUUGACUCUGUGCUAGAUAUUGAUUUAUUGCUUUCCUUGGUACAAGUCACAGCAGUUCCUUGGCGAGGGAGGGAAUCUCUGACCCCCUGGGAUCACUAUGUGUAACCAUUUAAGUGGGCGCCCUUAACUCCCAACUUGUCAGAACUUCUGAAAACUUUUAAUGAGACAUUAAUUUCCCCCCCCCUCCCCCCCCCCUGUUACAUAGUUACCUAGUUAAAUAGCUGAAAGAGACUUGCAUCCAUAAAGUUCAGCCUUCCUCACAUUUGUUUUUGCUGUUGAUCCAAAAGAAGGCAAAAAAAAAAAUCCAGUCUGAAGCACUUCCAAUUUUGCAACAAACUAGGAAAAAAAUUCCUCCUUGACUCCAGAAUGGCAGUCAGAUUUAUCCUUGGAUCAAGCAGUUAUUACCCUACAUUGAAAGAUUAUAUCCUUGAAUAUUCUGUUUUUGCAAGUAUGCAUCUAGUAGCUGUUUGAACAUCUGUAUCGACUCUGAUAAAACCACUUCUUCAGGCAGAGAAUUCCACAUCCUGAUUGUUCUUACAGUUAAAAACUUUCCUUUGCCUUAGACGAAAUCUAUUUCGUUUUUUCUUUUUUCUUCCAGUCUAAACGCAUGUUUGUCUUACACAACAUAGUCUGUCCUCAGGCUAACUCAGAUUUCUAUUAAUGGGGAUUUUGUUGGAGUAAUUCCUGUUGCAGGAAUGUCUGGUUUGUGUUUUUUAUUUUGUUUUCUGCAGCUGAAGGGGCUUUAGUCAUGAUGGGACAGCUGUUUUCUUUCAGUUUAACUUUAUUUUCCAUUGAUCUAUUUCUGAACAGCCUCUUCUAUGGCAACAUAUCUUUCUAUAACAAUUGGAGAUUGCCUGAGGCUUCAUCUAGGGAGUUGACACUGCAAUGGUUCCAUUAUGUAAUUAUAUGGGAGUGCCACUUACGAUAGCUUCCACUUGGCAUAUUGUGAUGUUAAAUGUCAUCAAAGGGAAACUCCAAGCACUAUAACCACCACAGCUUACUGUUAUGGCUCAGUCUCUAUGGGUGCUGUACUUCGGGCUUGAUAAAAGGAGCCUUAUCAGUACCCAAAACCUACCCAGUUCACUCUAGACACAGUAUGAGAACGUUGCACUGCUUUUUGGGUUUGUACCUCUGUCAAAGGGGCUCCUGAGGUGUUCAGUGGAACACUUUAUUAGGGAGGACAGCUGUCCUCCGUAAGUCAGGUCUCAGACUACUGGCACCAGAAACGCUACCUCUUAAUGUAGUGGCUGUGUCCUAGGAAAGGCAGCUCUUGCACUUAGGCUGCAGGGACAGUAUCUGAGAAAAAGCAGUGUCAAACUGCCACCUAAUGCUGUAGUUGAAAGCCAUUAGAGGGGCUUUCUAAUAUCUCUUGCAGAUUGCACAACUGAUGCUCAGUGUUUCCACUCCCUGCAUGAAGACUCUGAAUGCUCACCAUAGAUACACUAGCCUCCAAUCCAGAUUGAUAUCCACCUGUGAGGCUAGUGGCUGUGGCAAGACCAGCCCGCCAGGGGAGUAAAGGUGAGCAACACUAAAAGUAUCCCUGUGUAAAGGGUCAAGAACCCAAACUCCUCACUUUUCUGUAUGGGGUGUAGGUAAAACCAAACGCCCAAAGUCGUGUACAUUUACCAAACCCAGAAACUUCGUUACGAAGGCCAUCAGUGCAUUAUUCAAAGUGCAGUCAGGAAGUCUAAAUAUAACUACAUGUUUAUAGCUCUGUGUACAAAUCCAAAAAAAGUCAAAGUUUGAGUGAUGCCCUCUACUGGCAAUGGUGAACAUAGCAGCAGCAUGUUGCAAUGUGGCAAUCCGUGUGAUUGAAUACUAUGGCAUGUAUCAAAUAUAGCCUAUAAGUGAGACCUUGUAUAUUACAGCAUCAUUUUACAAAUGCAGAUGUCGCUUCUGGUUUUUUUUUUGUUUUUUUUUAACCGUAUCUUAUUUUUCUUUACAUUUUAAUGAGUGGGUAGGUAGCUAGUUUGUCUGUUUCCUAGGGUUAUUAAAUCACAGCUUUCUAUUAUAUGUACACCCUCCCAGGAUUUCCAUGUUGCUUAUGUCAAUGUCUUUAAUUUAGUUUUCCUGUCUUCCUGAAGGUGGUUAUUAUGGCUUUUUGAAUGAUUCAUUCUCUAGCAAUGGUUGAUCUCCAGUCUCACAAGACAGGAACAUUCUGUGACUGGUGCAUAUACUCUAAUAUUAUUCUGAAGCAGGGAGACUCUUUAAAUAUUAAACUCUGCUAUGUUGAAUCCUUUCCAACAAGCUGUAUAGCUGCAUCAAAGACUAUGGCAAAUUCAGCAACAGGAAACGUCUGCCAAAGCAGAUACCGUGGCUUUCUUUUUAUAUAGAAAAGCAAUGUCUAAAUACAGAAAGGGUGGCUGCUUGUAUUGCUGACUCCAUAAUUCUCCCCAUCCCUAGCAACAAACUGUAAUGUUAAGAGAAAUGAGUGUCUUAUCUAAUCAGCUAGUUCUGUUUCAGAGAGAAGUGUGGGUGAUGCUGGUUAAUCACAUGUCAUCUUAGAAUGGUGGUCCUCAAACCCUGUACUUGCAGCACAAAAAGCUGCUCUGGUUUUGUCUGUAGUUUAAUAGGAUGAGACCUGGGAGAAGACUGAAUCGUGGGGGUUUUCUAAAUAAAAAUAAACGUAUGACAUCCUAUUUUUUUUUUUUUUUUUUUUUCAGAAGUUUAAGAAACUAAGCGGUAGAACUGAUUUUUAUUACAUGUUGUUGUACAGCUUUGUGUCCAGUUAAAUGUAGCAAAUCCUGGAUUUUCCUUUACAAACAAAUAUUGGUCUCAUUUUCUGGUGUUUGGGGCCUACCCCAUGUCAUGGUAGAUGUGAGAUUAUCUGCGCUUUUGUUGGGAGUACAAUGGUUUCAGCUGUGUAAGCAGCACGCUGCGGCUAACAAAUGUCUGGGGAUUUUUGUUACUGCAGCUGCUCACUGGCUGUAACUAGACUGAACAUCACACGGAUCUUAAAAUAUCUACCUUCUAUAGACCCAAACCAUGCACCCAGUAAUGCAUUGCUAUGGGAGAUGCCACACGUUUAACACCUACAGAGCCAAGUCAACAUUUUAUAGAUAUCCUGCAUUGUGCACCAUGGUGGGAUUAAAUAUAAAUGCACUCAAGGUUAUUAAAGCGUUCAGGGAAUUCAGUUUCUUUCAAAUUUAAGGCCAAAAGGCAAUUUGGAUGCAUAGCUGACUUAAAGAAUCUUUACAGUUCGGCUACUUUAGAAUUGAAAUUCCCUUUGAAUUCACAAUAGCCCUUCGUGUUUUUAGAAAAAAAGCAAGGGGUUAGAUUAACAGUUUUGUGGAAUUGGGGGCGGGUGAGACAUGCUGUAUUUGUGUGGGUUUUUUUUUUUUUCUCACAUACAUUUUAUCUCCCAUCCAGCCUUCCGAAAUGGUGGUUGAUCACCCAGAGUUUGAGAAGGCCGGAAAGGCUCCAGGGCUCCAGAUCUGGAGGGUGGAGAAAUUUGAUCUAGUGGCUGUUCCACAGAAUCAGUAUGGAUCUUUCUUCACUGGUGACUCCUAUCUGGUCCUAAAUACCGUGAAAACCAAAUCUGGCAACCUUCAGUACGACCUCCAUUUCUGGCUGGGUAAGUGCUUCCAUCCCUGUCCUGUGCCCAGUCUUCCUAAAUCUCUAGAGUGUAAUAAUGGCAUUAAAUGUGCCUGCCCUUAAUAUCUUGCCACGAUCCAGUGUGAUCAUUUUAAAUUAGGAAAACACACAUUGGGAGAAUAAUCCUUUUGAAACACACCAUAUGGGAAGCACAAAGUGACGGGACAAACGGAAGUUUGUGUACCUUUACCUGCGCCUCUGGUAUGGUGGUUUGGUGUUUGUGGACAAAGAACUCCACCGAAACCUGCUGUUCUAUAGAAUGUUAAUGUAUAAGUGCCUCAAGUGGCUGUUCUCCCUGUAGACCAUAAGGCUGGAAGGAGAACUUGGCAUCGAUGCUGGAAUGGAAUAAGGGCAUUUGCAUCUCCGCUAGUCCCCAAUUCUCUUCUGAGAACCAUCCUGUCUCCUAGACACUGCAGGAGGAAUGGAUGGAGCUCUGAGUGAGUCUGCCCUGCAUCUAUCUAGUGAGAACACUAGAAUGGUAGGAAUUCAUGUUUAAAGCUGACACCAGCCUCAUGCAUUAUCUUAAUGGCUUCAAAUAUGCUAAGCUUUGGGUGCCAGAACGGUUUGUGGUAGGUGUAUGGGUUUUAUUUGUUUAUAUAAAUUUACAUGGAAACUUGAUUGCUUUCUCAAGGUAAUGAGACAACCCAAGAUGAAAGUGGUGCGGCAGCCAUCUUCACCGUCCAGAUGGACGAUCACCUCGGAGGACAGCCAAUCCAGAAUCGGGAAGUUCAGGGGUUUGAAUCCAAUACUUUCCUGGGAUACUUCAAAUCUGGAAUCAAAUACAAGGUAUCAGGCAUUGUCUUAAAGGAAAAUGUUUGGCCCCACAAACAUGAUCAGAAGACCAGGAGUCUGCCCCAUGAGACCAUUCCGAGUAUGUUGUAGUAAUGCCUCUUUAAUGCUGUUUCUGUUUUUCUGUUUUUUAUAGGCUGGUGGUGUGGCUUCAGGCUUUACACAUGUAGUUCCUAAUAACGUGGACAUCAAGCGCCUCCUACAGGUCAAAGGUCGACGUCUGGCCCGAGCCACUGAGGUUCCUGUUGGCUGGGAGAGCUUUAACAAAGGAGAUUGCUUCAUUCUUGAUCUCGGUGAUGUAAGUUUUUUUUUUUUUCCUGUAGGUGGUGGAAGGCUUGAACUGUCAAAUGUAAUAAAAAAAAUACACUUUAAAAAAAAAAAAAAAAUUUUUUUUAUCCUUCUGUCAGUAAAGCAUGGUUAAAAUCAAUCUUUACGCUCUAAAAUUUUUAAUUAAGUUUCUAACUGGCCACAUCCGCUGUCUACAGUAUUAAGGCAUGGUUAAUCUGCAGAACCAGGAGUUGUUGAGAAUGGUAAAUGAUUAUUUUUUUUUUUUACCAAAAAUAACCAGACUUCAGAAAUCCAAAUCCUGUAGUCCAGGCAAGAGAUAGAUAUAUAUAUUAAAUGGCAACUGGUUACUAGAAUAUGUGGAUGAAUGAAAACUGCAUUCUGUAUAAAAUUAUCUAAACCUAGAACUGUCCUUCAUUACAGGAUAUCUUCCAAUGGUGCGGGUCAAAUGCAAACCGCUUUGAGAAGCUGAAAGCAACAAGUAUUGCCAAAGAUAUUCGUGACAAUGAGAGACAUGGGCGCGCCAAGGUGUAUGUCAUGGAUGAAGGCAUGGAACGUGAGAAAAUGAUUGAGGUGACUUUUUUUCAAUAAGUGUUAAUAUUUGCUGUGGUCACAAAUGUAUUAAUCCUUGUUUGGCUCAGUUUUUAGUUCACUAAAAUUCUGUCAAACUGGAGACUUGAGCAAACUGGCUUCUCUGGCUCCAUUUUUGUCAUCAUGUCAUUUGAUCACUAAAUGUCACCAUACAGUGUUCAGUUACCUGCAGUGUAUUUAGAGUAUAAACCUUACUUUUUUUUUUGUGUUUUGCAAUGGAGAAAUAGACUGCAGAGCCACAGAACCUCUCUAACUGCAUCUUAGACGCACAGCAAUUUAGGUUAAGGUGUCUGUAAGAAACCCAAAAUGGAAGAUGCUCACAUGUUCCUCACUGUACACCUGUUCUUCCAAAUUUCUACAAUCUGUACUCUUACUGAUGCAUUAUCUGCCAUUUAUUUUGGUUUAUGCAGCCCUAGCCACACCCCCAUGGCUGUGACUUGCACAGCCUGCAUGAAAGAAGGGUUUCCUUUUCAAUCAGAUCUAACAGUACACUGUGUUUACUUUAGAAGUACAGGCUGUUUUUAACAUAUUCCUAAAUUAUUGUGUUGUCUGUCAUGUGACCAUAGCUCUUUAAAUGGUCAGUGAUCAUGUAGCUACGUAAGAUAACUGUACAAUAAACUCUGUAAUCUAGAAUACACCAACCUCUAAGGUUUCUUUCCUUCUAGGUUCUAGGGCCAAAGCCAGACUUACCAGACGGGACAGCUGAUGACGUCAAAGCUGAUUCCUCAAACCGGAAACUUGCAAAGCUUUACAGGGUAAUGAAUUUACAAAUCUUAAAUCGCUGUUGAUGUAUGCUUGCCUCCUAACCCUUCAAAUAGACCAAGGACACCGUCAUUCAGGCGUGAGUGGUGGUGUGGCCACUUCUAUUAUCUUUUUGGGUGACUUACUCCUUUCUGAAACUAAAAUGUAACCAGAACAAUGUAUCUUAUUUACAGACUGACUUCUAAACAGUUAUUGUAGCUUAAAGACACAUUACUGAAAUACACUCCUCUAGGAUUCAAAAAAAUCCAAAACCCAUCUUAUAAUAUUCUGCCUUGGUCAGAAAGUCAGUUACAUGUUUUACCAUAUUCUGUUGAAUUAAUAUUCAAAUGAUCACCAAUGAAAUCUUUAACUAAAUUCGUAGUGAAUGAAGAAUAAUCCUAAUGUUUAUAAUCAAUGUGAUCUCCUCUGGUGCGGAGUAAGUCUUAAAAGUGGGGUUGGUUUUUUUUUGUGUUUUUUUUUUUUUGUCUGCAGUCCUUGCUUUAGAGUUGGGAAUGAUAUAUUUCUUUGAAAUCUAAAUGUUCUCUAGCAAUGUCACCGUAAGAUGGUUUUUUGAAUAUUGAGUGCAACUAACUCUUCCCUUCAUGAAGGUUUCAAAUGGAUCUGGUCCCAUGGCUGUCUCUCUGGUGGCUGACGAAAAUCCAUUCACCCAGUCCGCCCUGAACUCUGAUGACUGUUUUGUAUUGGAUCAUGGCUCAGAUGGAAAGAUAUUUGUAUGGAAAGGUUAGUACCAAAUAACGUGAAUUCUGUGGUCCGUGCCUAUCCCUUGUUUAAUUUGGCGUUUAAAGUGAUCACUAACGUAACACUCACUCUAGAUCAUUGCGGGAUGGUUUCUAACUAUGCACUUAUUUAUAAUCUCUAAUUAUUGCCAAACCAUGGACUGGCCAUAACACUUGAGAAAUUACAAACUCCACUGACUAGUGCGGGUAAGGUAGGGGUUUUGUGUGUGUGGAUUUUUUUUUUUCUACUCUCUUCUCCCUACCUCUUAUUUAAAGAGGGGUCUAUAAACGGCUAACUAAAUUGAACUUCUAAUGGGUAAAGAUAAGCUAUGUAAUCGGUGUGGCUUAAAAAAAAAAAUCUGCCAAAGUUAAAACUUUUUUUUUUUUUUUUUUUUUUAAAUUUGUUUACAAUAUUUGGUUGCUCUGGACAGAAUUUAUGCGUCAAAAUGACACUCUGGUGGUUAUACAAGUUUUCAUUUUGAACGCUUGGUGUCACUAAUUGGAUGCAGGACACUUGGCUCUACUCAUGUGUCUGCCUUGUGCAAUGCAUUGUGGAGGAGUCUUAAUUUGCUGAUGACAUUCCAAUGCUUAUACAGGAGCACUGUGCACAUAAUGCGCAUGUACAUUGCGUGCCCUGCUCACACCAAUAGUUCUCAAACCCUUUAUUCAGCAUUUUCCUGUGAGUUGCAACAUCACGUGACGUCUUAUUUGGUCAAUGCAGCAGAAGCUCUUCUAAUUUUUUGGGGAAGAUAACCAUUAAAAGUGUCUAACCCUGCAAUGGGGGAAAAAAAUACUUAAUUGAGAUGUGGUCUAGAUGACUCUAGUAAUCCUUAAUCUAAUCAGAAGUAAAAUAUAAUCUUUAAAAUGAUGGCUAAAUCACUAGAUUCCAUUAACUUGUCUAUAUUUCUGUUACUGAGAUUGCCAGGUCAGUGCGCUAGCACAGCUUUCAUAAAACUCUAUAAUCUGGUUUAGUGUACUUGGUAUCAUCAUGGGAUUAUGUUGGAUAAUGGACUGUCUCAGCCGGUUCUAGGUAGCUGGGACAUGGGUCAGAUACGUAACAAGACUAAUAGAAAUUCACUUUUCUCUUGACAAUUUAAGCUCCUCCCUCACCCUUGUUGACCUAAAUAUAAACUAAUCUGGCUGGUGACUUUGCUAAACUACUGUUUUCCUCCAGGAAAGAAUGCCAACUUGGAGGAACGAAAGGCUGCUUUGAAAACUGCCACAGAAUUCAUCUCCAAAAUGGGCUACCCAAAACAAACACAGGUAUGAGCAAAAGCAAUGUUCUGAAACCUUGCCAACCACAGUCUCUUCGUGACUAAACGGUGUUAAUGCUUUUAAUAUAGAUUGUAGUAAAAUAGUCUGGGCGAAGGGUCUUGGUUUAACAGUUUAGCCACUGGUUCACUAAACCCUAGAUUGCUUAUCUUUUCUGCCUCUUCCAGGUCCAAAUUCUGCCCGAUGGUGGUGAGACCCCACUGUUCAAACAGUUCUUCAAGAACUGGCGCGAUAAGGACCAAACCGGAGGGAUGGGUAUUGCCUAUGUUCCCAACCACAUCGCCAAAAUUGAUGAUGUGCCGUUUGAUGUCAGCACUCUCCACGACUCCCCAGCCAUGGCAGCUCAACACGGCAUGGUGGAUAAUGGCACAGGCAAGAAAGAGGUAAGUUGUGCUCAAACCAGCUCUUCCUUUCUGUGGAGGGUUGACUGAAGGGUCCCUUGCGUUGACUCUUGUGUCUCCUGUUGGGGUGACUUUUGUCUUGAAUUUGAAGUUAUUUUUACAAAGCAUGUAGAAUGAAGCCAAUGUUACAAAAUAGUCCCUUCAUUUGUAUUGUGAUACAAUCAUUCUGGGAACUACUUGCCGAGCAAAGUUCUGUGUAUUACUAUUUUGGGCUACAAGGGACCACUCGUGGCAUCUGUUGGAAUGCUUGUCAAAUCGUGAGUCACAUUGGUGAAUAACAGAUUUGAGGUCAGCAUAGCUAAACUGAAAGCACAGUGAACUUGGAAAAUAUCUCAUGUUUGGCCAAGUUUACCUUAAAUUCUUAAAGGAACACUAUAGUCACUUAAACAAAUUUAGCUAAAUGAAGCAGUUCUGGUGUCUAGAUCUUGAUUCUCCGGUUUCACUGCUCAAUUCUCUGCCAUUUAGGAGUUAAAUCACUUUGUUUCUGUUUACGCAGCCCUUUCCACACCUCCCAUGACUCUGACACAGCCUGCAUGAAAAAACUUGUUUCCCUUUAAUGAGAUGUAAUUGACCUCAAACAAUUGUAUCUCUUGCUCUGUAAAUUGAUCUGUAAUCACAUACAGGAGGCUCUUGCAGGAUCUAGCAAGCUAGUAACAUAGAAGGGAUAAGAAAAUCUAAAUUAAACAGAACUUGCAAUAAAGGAAGGAUAAACACUAAUGACUCUUGACAGGAAGUGUUUAGGAAGGCUGUGCAAGUCACUUGCAGGGAGGUGUGACUAGGGUUCAUAAAAGGAUUUAAAAUCCUAAGUGGCAGAUUGAGCAAUGAGGCUGCAGGGGCAUGUUCUAUACACCAAAACUGCUUCAUUAAGCUAAAGUUGUUUUGAUGACUAUAGUGUCCCUUUAACUUGGUAACUGGUUCUGAGAAAUCUCCAUUGCGGUCACCAUCUGCAUUAGUGAGACUCCCUAAAUGCAGCAUUUUAAUUUUCAAUAUUGAUGUAUGGCUUGUUCUGCUCUAGUAGUGUGUGUGUGUUUUUUUUUUUUUUCUUUAUUUUAAGAAAAAAAAAGGAAAAAAAAAAAAGUUUCAGUUAUAGAAACAUAGAAUGUGAUGGCAGAUAAGAACCAUUUGGCCCAUCUAGUCUGCCCAAUUUUCUAAAUACUUUCAUUAGUCCCUAGCCUUAUCUUAUCGUUAGGAUAGCCUUAUGCCUAUCCCACGUAUGCUUAAACUCCUUUACUGUGUUAACCUCUACCACUUCAGCUGGAAGGCUAUUUCAUGCAUCCACUACCCUCUCAGUAAAGUAAUACUUCCUGAUAUUUUUAAACCUUUUGUCCUCUUGUUGUGGUAGUUUUUCUUCUUUUAAAUAUAAAUUUGUAUUUGUGUGUAUCUUAUGUAUUCUUCCGGGGAACCUGUUCCUUUCUGAUAACAAUCAUGGUCAUUAACUAAACUGUUUUUCCAGUUUAAUUUGCUAAAAUCGUUGGAGUUUUUGCCUUUCUGAAUCUAGUUAAUUGUAGCUACCUAAUGCCUUAUUUGUACUUUUCUAGAUUACUUUGGGGUGUCCUUGCACAAAUCUUAAUGUUGUGUAAUGCGUUGGUUCUGUUUGUGGGAUUUGUAAAAACUUUUUAUUUAAAUGUAUUCUGAUUUCCCUCGUUAGAUCUGGCGCAUAGAAGCAUCUGAGAAAGUGCCGGUAAAUGAAUCCAAUUACGGUCAAUUCUACGGAGGAGACAGUUACAUUAUUCUAUACCACUACAACUCCAGUGGGAGACAAGGACAAAUUAUUUACACCUGGUAAAUAGAUGCAUUUUUAUAAAUUUUAUUUCCCCUCUAAUCUUGUUCCUCUUGAGAGGAAGUGAUCUACCUUGACUUGCUGAGUAUUAAUUACGUGCAUGAGCGAUCUAUCAGCGAUCUUCUAUUGUUGAACUGAGAUCAUGGAAUUUUUAUUUUUAUUUAUUGUGGAGAUAGAAUUGUGCUCUCAUUAUGUAGACCACAAACUCAAAGUUAAGGUGUCUGUCUAGAUGCAGUAGUGUGUUUUGUAAGGGGGGUGGCAUUUUGGUAAAAGGAGAAUAAACCGCCAGAUGUAUUCUGGCGCAUUAGUGUCUGUGGGGGAGUCGCUUAUGUAUGUUGGCUUAACUAUCUUAUCAGUCAUAAUAUUGCACGUGGGCACAGCUGCUGUAGAACUUUAAUUAAGUGUCUGCAGUUAAGGGGAGGGGGCUGCACACCCCUCCCAAAUAUGGGUGCUUUGUAGACCUCCUAACUGGAAAAGGUCUGACUAGCUGUGCAAUAAAGCCUUUCACUGUGAUAUUGCCAAUAUUCAUUAAUGUCCACAGGGCCUGUAUCUUUUUUUUUUUUUUUUUUUCUUCCAAAGAGAUUUUAGUGGGUACUAUGUUCUGACAAAUGGUGCUAGGGCUCCCUCUAGUGGCAACGCUUAUUGGAUGUCUACAUAGUAGCAGCAUUUUUAUUUAUUUUUUUAAUUUUUUUUUUAAAAUCUCAAUCUUUGACAAUGAUGAUUUUAGAAACCAUUACUGCAUCAUGCAGGUAUAGGUGCAAGGCACACUUGGAGCAGUUUGAAACCAUAAAAUCUGUUAAACGCAGAUCUAUAUAACUGGAGAUCCAAGACUAAUGGCAAUUUACCACAGUUAGAACUCCCAACAUGUACAAAGACCAGACUCCUUGUAAAUAUUUUCAACAUACAAAAAGUAAUGUGCCUAAAUUAAUUUUUAUUUUGUUGGCGAUCUAACACAAAUGUCUGAUAUUGCAAUCCAGCAGACUUGAUCAAUGUCCAAAACACCUCCCCAACUCAAAUUUUUGUAUUUGUCACUUGUGUACUGCAAUAGGGGUGGGGGUGGUGAUGGUAAAAAGGAAUUGGGAUGAAUUCCUGCUCUAUUGCCAGUAGAUGGCGCUACUGUGGUACACAAAAAAUUGCCAAAACCAGGUUUUGGUGUGUAGAGCCAUGUCUAUAACGCAAGCUGCAAUAAAUAUAUUUAAGGGUUGCCCCGCUACUGUAACUAAGAGGUGCAAGUGAUUACUUUUAAAUCUACUCGGGGAUUGACUAGAAGCCUGACCUAAUGGGAAACAUAACCCACAACACCUGUUGCCCUAGGACGGCCAUCAUUCUCUAGAACAGGCAAUCAAUGGCUAAUAGUACUGUUAAGAUGGUGCUGUGCACACUGCUACAUAAUCUAAACAGGCAAGGUUCAAUGAAAAAGGAUCCCUGCAAAGAAAGACAAGGUUUGUAGUGGAAACUUUAGUGCGAAGAGCAGGCAGAAAGGUUUAGAUUUAAAAAAAUAAAUAAAUAAAAAAAAUAAAGGCUGACACACCCUGCCUUGCGUACCAACUUGCAAUCAAUGUUCUGCGCAUUUAGUAGGAUUUAAUAACCUGAUUUUUAUCUUCAGGCAAGGAGGUGAGUCCAGCGUGGACGAGAUCACUGCUUCUGCGUUCCUGAGUGCCCAGCUGGAUGCAGAUCUUGGUGGUGGACCAGUACAGGUGAUUUCAGUAAUUUGUGGCUAAAUAAUUCAAAUCUUUAGUGAUUAGUGUUGUGUCUUUAAAGUGCCAGCAUUGAGGGGAACCUACACGCCUGACAGUGUCGUGUGUGUUUUUUUUUUUCUCUCCUGUGUCUAUAUAGGUUCCCUUUUGUAAACUCUUCGCUGUUUAAAAUAAUUACUUAAUCUGCAGCGCCUAGACUUAUCUGGUGCAAGCUCUGCCUUCAGAUGUCAGCGUAGCUAUCCCAGCUCUGUGUCCCACUAUGGAAUGCAGGCAGUCCCCCAAAAAUAAUUGGGAGUAACGCUGUCGAAUCUUGUGUGAUUAAACUGCUUCUGUUUAUUUUUUUGUUUUGUGUUUUUAAAUUAAAACUUACUAGGCAAUCACAUUUAAAAAAAUAAAGUAAAAACCCAUAUCUAUCGGCUUUUAAACACAUUAUGGUCGCUUCACGCUCAGUCUUAGACGAGUAGGCUUUUUUUUUUUUUUUUUUUUAAGUUCCAUGUAGUGGUCCAAUCUGUGGUAGCUGCCAGUAAAAAUAUUGAAUCCCUUGGUUUGAGUGACCCAGGUGACUGCUAUUCAAUUGGGAGACUACAAAUUGUUUAGCCUUCAGCAGAGAGAUUACAUUGUAACCUCUUAAAGACUACUUUUAGCGUAGUAAAGGGUAGCUUGUGGAGGCCAUUUUUAAGAUUCUUCUUACAAUGCCUUAUUCUCCAAAACUGAAGAGAACAUCCCUUCUUAGUAAGCCGAAGGGAUAAAUGAGUCUCUCUUUUAUACAAAGGGCUUUUAACUCCUUUUCCUGGUUCUUUUAAUUGUCCUUAACACAGGGACAUUGUCAGGUUAAAGGACAACUCUCAAAACCUACUGGGCUAUUUUUCCAGUUGGUUCAUUACAUGUCUUUAUCCCAUUUCUCCGUUCAAUGUCCUUGGCAGAUAGCUGUGACUAUAGACCUUAUUCUUCCUUUAUACCUGGUCACCCAGAGGAGUUAUUGUUAAAGGGACUUUAUAGGCACUAAGACUACACUCUCACUGAAGUGGUCUGGGUGCUGUCCCUGUAGUUUAAACCCUUUAAACAAUAUUGCUUUUCUGCAGAAUGAAAUUUUAAACGCUUCUAAGGCUUAGAGUCCCUUUUGAAUGGGACAGGGCUAGGUUGACCUGUAGGUGACUGAUGGGAGUGAAGGAGAAACCAACCCAUUCCGUUCUGACUAUUGCAUACACUGCAUGGUUUGUUAGUUCUUGCACCGGAGGAUGCUUUCUUUAACAGAUGUGCAUUGUACAGUCAACUAAAAGGCAAUUUAUAUUUUUCAAACUCUUAUAUGAAAUUCAUAGUUUAACAUCAGGGACCUUCUAUCUGCACUUAACUACAACUUUAUGGGUAACCUUUUAGCAAGCACAGUCUGGAUUUUUCUUUUUUUUUUUUUUUUUUAAAUCUAAACCUUUCUGCCUGCUCUUCGCACUAAAGUUUCCACUACAAACCUUGUCUGUCUUUGCAGGGAUCCUGCACCCAGGUACAUUUUUCAUUAGACCUUGUCUGUUUAGAUUACGUAGCAGUGUGCAUAGCACUAUCUUAACAGUACUGACACGUUUGCUGUGUGUUUGUGUUUUGUUUUUUGUUUGUGGUUUUUUUUCUGUUCCAAAAUUUAUUUGGUCACAAUGUUGCUGUGAAUGAAUUCAGAGUUCAUAGUUGCUCAGCUUUUUGCACAUUAUCUGACUACAUCCUCACUGCUUGCGACUGCCUAGGAUUUCUGUUAACUUGUUACGUGUUUAGAAUGGUCCCGAUCAUCUGCAGAACUUGGAUGGUUACCGCUAACUGGGGGUAGAGAAGCUAACCUUCAUGAAUUUUACUGAAAGUCUUUGGGUCCCCCAUAAGUCAAGAAUUGUCUAGAUCAGUGACUCCAAGGCAAUCAACGCUGGGCACCCCAACAGUCCAAGUAUUCUCUGUAUCCCCACUAAAAUUGAAUUGGUAUUUAUAGAGCUGAAAGGGUGUCAUUCCAAUAUGUUUGUCAUACAGGAACAGUAUGUACAGAGCUCCCCAGGUGAGCUUGCAAUACUCUGGACAGUUGUGCCUUGGAGAGCACUGAUGUAGAUGGCAACUGUCAAGAAUACCAGAACACCCACUCUACACUGGCGUAGCUCAUAAAAGGUGGAGGCUUUGCUGCAUCACUCGCGGAGUGAACUUCGUGUCGGACUGAUUUAUUGAAUGACAUGACCUAAAUUCUGUUCUAAUGUAGGUCAGGGCCCACUACUCUGGAGAACAAGGAUCUUGUCUGCUUGAGGUUUAGGUGUUAACAAAUGUUUGACUGAAAUCAAAGUGGUGGGACUGGAGGCUUAUCAUGGAUUCACUUAUGGAUUAAGAUGACAAAUACAGGAAAUAGUAUUGCAUGGGUUCCUUUUUUUAUUUAUUUAUUUUUUUUGUGCCUAAACCACACAAUAGAACCUUCAACAAAAAAUGUUUCAAGAGAUUUGUACUUUAGUUAUAGCACCCUUCACAUUUUAUGACCUCUAGAAACUAAACUGUUUAAAAUAAAAAAAUUUGAGAGCCAGCCUUUUGAUCUGUUCGUGCUAUGACUUUCUCCCCCUUAUUGACAAAAUAGAGAAGUGAAACCAUGCAGAGUCGAAUGACCAUGGCCCUAACACUUUCCAAGGCUAUAACUUAACUUUUUGGUCAGCAUUUCACUCUCUAAUUAUGCAUUGUUAGUCUGUAAAUGGGUUGUGGGUUGGAUUUGUUGUGAAACUAAAUAUUGACUAUAGCAACAUCUGCACACUGUUUUGUGCCACAAAAUACCAGUUUAUAUAAACUUACUGAAUCAAAAUGAUGGUACAGCAUGAACAAAAUGCCUCUGAAGCAUUGUUCCAAUAGUCUUGGACCACUAUUUUAUUAGCCUGUGCUCAGUCCUGUAUUUCUGGAGACUUCCAAGUGACCUCUUAAUGAAUGUAUAAAUCUGUAUAUUGUCUGAACUGCAGGUCCGUGUAGUGCAGGGCAAAGAGCCUGCUCAUCUGCUGAGUCUGUUCGGUGGAAAACCACUCGUUGUCUACAAAGGAGGAACGUCCAGAGAAGGCGGUCAGACAGCAGAGGCAGACACUCGUCUCUUCCAAGUCCGUGCAUCUUCAUCUGGAUUCAGUAGAGCAUUUGAGGUAUGCACUCAUUUUUUUUUUAAUAGGAAUAUUUAGGCAGGUUAUGCAGACUGGCAUACUUUAUUUCAAUUGGCUGUGCUCUUGUCAGUUAGUGCCGCUAAUGGUUUAUGUAGACUGCUUAAGACUAAAGCAAACUAGCAUUAAUUUAGUCUUCGAAGAAUCCUGAUUUAGGAACACAACUCAAUUCCCUCUCCUUGAACCAUCUUAGAUUGAUGCUGCAGCAAGUCAUUUGAAUUCCAACGACACGUUCGUUUUGAAGACUCCUUCUGCUACCUACCUGUGGAUCGGCCAAGGCUCCAGUGAGGCAGAGAAACAAGGUGGCCAAGAACUGCUGAAUAUUCUAGGAGUGUCCGGCUCUCAGAUUGCAGAAGGAAGGGAACCUGGUAUGUACUACGCUAUAAACUGUCUGCAGACGGCUUAUUAACAGAUGUGGUUUGAGUCACGCUACCCUAAAUCACGCUAAGGGAUACUGUGGGCUCUAACUGCUUAAUCUCAUUGAUUACUGAAUGGUAGAACUGUACCAGAGCAUACAAUUUUGAGGGCAAAGCGCAUGCAGGCACUUCAUGCAGCGUGCCGAGCAGACGGCAGAGUGUCUUCUGUAUCCUUAGCUGGUUUGACAGGAAGUGCUCACCAGCUUCCUGUCAGACUGGGUCGAGUAUACAGAAGAUGCUUAACCACAGUACUAAAUCUGUGCAAUGCCCCUUAAAUCUACAGUGAUAAUGAUUAGUUUCUGAGAAACUGCAAUAAGUACAUCUGAGGGUUAACUCCACCUCUAGUGGCUGUCUACCUGAUUAUUGGAGGAAAUGCACCAUAACCACAACAGUUGGCAUGAAAAUCAAAGUACCAAAAACUUUUGUUCACUUUUAUUUUUUUUUCUUCAGAUGACUUCUGGGAACACCUGGGUGGUAAAGCUCCAUACCGCACAUCUCCACGUCUGAAGGACAAACUCAAUGCUCACCCACCACGGCUGUUUGCUUGUUCCAAUAAAACUGGACGCUUUAUUGUACGUUGUCUGGGGGUGAAUGAUAAGCUUGGCAAUGUCUAAGUUUAUUUCAGCUACGCUAGUCUGAGUUAAUCAUUUUUGGUUUUAAUACCCUGCCUUCUUUCAUAGAUUGAAGAAGUACCAGGAGAACUCACACAGGACGAUCUAGCACCCGAUGAUGUGAUGCUUCUGGAUACCUGGGAUCAGGUAACACAAACAAUCUGAGCAUAUUUAGGUCCAUGAUUUUCUGCCUGUAAACAGGAAUUUUCUCCCCAAGGUUAAUUUUAUGGACCUCUUCCUUAUUGGUCCUGCUCACUGCAAGAACUUAGAGGGUUAUUCACUAGAGUGAGAAUUGAAUGAUUUUUUUUUUUUUUUUUUUUUUUACACAUUUUAAGGCCAGAGUAGUUGAAUGGAAUGAAUAGGCAUCAAAAAUUUGGCGUAAUGAUGCAGUCUUAGUGUGUAGUCCAUGCUCCUGUAACCACAGCCAGGUCUGCCCAUUCUAAAUCUGCCCAGUGAUUGCAUCGAUUUAAAAAAAAAAAAAAAAAAUUAUCCCUGCAGUCUCGCUGCUCAUUUCUCUGCCAUUCUAAAAGUUUGUUUAUGCAGCCCUUGUCACACCUCACUACAUGUGACUUGCUUUACAGGAAGUUUGUAGGAAGGCUGUUUAAAUUAAACAGAACGUGCAACAAAGUGUAAAGUUAAUCUCCUGCUGUUAAUAGCCUGCUAAACCUUGCAGGAGCCUCCUGUGUGUAAUUAAAGUUCAAUAUACAGAGAUUUAAAAAGGUUAACUUUUUAAGUGUUUUUUUAAUGAACAUCUCUUGUUGCAGGUAUUUGUCUGGAUUGGUAACGAAGCCCAAGAUGAAGAAAAGAAAGAGGCUUUGGCAUCUGGUAAGGAGACUUUGCUAGUAAUGUUGUAUCCCAGAACCACUCUGCUCUCUCCUGAUUGGUUUGCAAUAAGCAUAAUGAGUGUUUGCCGAGGCAGUAGCCUUCUGUAUUACACACCAAUUGGGUAGGGUUUAUUUUUAUUUUUUCAUUAGAAACCUCUUCCUGAAUGGUCUCUUCCCAUACCUCCACUAAUAUGGGACUGCACAAGGCAGUAAAAAAGUUAAGAUCAUGGUUGGCUAUAUAAUGCAGACCAUAAAUCUCAUUCUACUUGGGUCUUCCAUCAUCGGUUUUAAAUCUGGAUUGAGCAACACAAAGCAUCUGUAAACUAACCAGUUAACAUUUUCUCUCCCCAGCUUCCAAAUAUAUUGAAAGCGAUCCUGCCAACAGAGAUAAGAGGACACCCAUUGCAACUAUCAAACAAGGGUUCGAGCCACCCACCUUCACUGGCUGGUUCCUUGGCUGGGAUAAUGACUUCUGGGCUGUUGAUCCCCUGCAGAAGGCCUUGGCUGAGCUGGAAAUGUGAUCUCCAAGCAAGUUGUGUCCUGCAGUUCCCGUGCCUUCACUGCCUAUGAGAGCCACUCUAACCUGCUAGAGACUUUUCAUAGCCCCACUAGCUGUGCAAUAACCAAAAUGUUUGUUCCAGUUUAUACUUUUUUUUUUUUUUUUUUUUUUCCUUCAAAUUGUACCUUUUUUGAAUAUUUAAAAGCAAAUAAAAAGCUUGAAAAGAGAUUU